CGGCGCGUGCACGUGUGCACCCUCACGCGCCCGCAUUCCUUGCCCCUAUUCUACAUAACCGCCCUAGUUUGUUUCUUAACCUUUAAGCAGUCAACACCUUUCCUUCUCACCUUCCUCUACCCGCGUGCCCUCAGUCCUCAGGCCCUAUAUAUACUAAUCUCCUCUCAAAAUCUCAAUACCAUCUAUUUGCAUUUUAUUUCACCUUUUUGAUCCCCAAUCCAGCAAAAUCUCUCGAUUUUUUCUUGUUCAUCGCAAUCGAUCAUGGCCGAAACAGAUUCCAACCCUCAGCAACCCCUGCUGGUGAAAGGCGGCGAGGAGGAGCAGAGGCUCAAGUACCUAGAGUUCGUGCAGGCCGCGGCUCUCCACGCGGUGAUGUUCGCCGCGAGGCUGUACGGUUACGCCAAGGAGAGAUCGGGCCCACUCAAGCCCGGUGUUGACACUGUUGAGGGCACCGUGAGAGCCGUCGUCGGUCCGGUUUACGAGAAGUAUCACGGCGUCCCUGUUGACGUCCUCAAAUUCGUUGAUCGCAAGGUUGAUGAAUCUGUGGUCAAAGUUCAGAGCCGUGUGCCCCCGACCCUGAAGGAGGUUUCGGCCCAAGCCCUUGGGGCUGCCCAGUCGGUUGUUGCCGAGGUGAAGAGCACCGGCGUGUUGGGGACUGCAAAAACCGUAUACGCCAAGUGUGAGCCUGCUGCCAAGGACAUUUACACAAAAUACGAGCCCGUGGCUGAGCAGUACGCCACCUCAGCUUGGCACUCACUGAACCAGCUUCCGGGCUUCCCUAAGGUUGUUCGUGCUGUGGGUCCCACAGCCAGCUACUGCUCGAACAGGUACAACAAUACCGUCCGUGAGGCUGCCGGAAAAGGCUACAGGCUGGCGUCGCAUCUUCCCCUCGUGCCCACCGAGAGGAUUGCCAAGGUGCUCAGCACAUGAAGAAAUCAAGCCCCGAGUUUGACUGCAAAUGAGACGUGCAUGUGUUCUGGUUUUCUUUAUAGGAUGGCAUUUAUGUUGGUUUGGGUUUGUGUUUCGUGUUCGUGACAAUGAUUGUGUGUGUGUGUGUGUUUUUUUUUGGUUGGUUGUUUUGAGGAAACUAUUUGAUCUGUUUGGAUUGAUUUUAUGGCCCUCUCUCGUGGGUUUAUGGUAUUGUAUACAUUCUUAAAAUUUGUUUUAAUUUUUGUCCAUGGGUUAACAUCAUUGAUUUUCUUGAUUCUCCAUCUUACAUGGAUCAAAGCUCAUUGA